AUGUUCCAUUUAAGAGAAUUAGGUGACAUUGAAGAGUAUGAUAGUGAUGAACUACCUCAUGAGUAUGAUAGUGAUAAUUGUGAGAUUAUAAAGGGUGCCUUUGUAACCUUCAAGUUUCCAAAAAAAAAGGAAGACUAUAAAUGGGAAGUAGAAAUUUAUUUUGCUACAAAUGAUGACUUUAAAGAGGCUAUAAAAACCUAUGUUAUACAUUCAGGAAGAAACUUGAAAUUUAAGAAAAAUGACAAAAGGAGGAUGAGAGUGAAGUGCAAGGAUGGUUGUUCAUGGGAGGCAUAUUGUGCAAAUAUAAAAGGGCAAGGAACUUGGCAAUUGAGGACAAUAGUGGACACACAUACAUGUAGCAAGGAUUAUAAGAUUAUGUUCCUAAAUUCCAAGUGGUUAGGCAAAAAGAUUCAAAGCAAUGUUAGAGAGAACUCGGAUUUGAAGUUGAGUGAUAUUAUGGAGAAGACACAUGAAAAGUGGAAUGUAUGCAUCAACAAGACACUAGCAUAUAGAGCAAAGACACUUGUUGUUGAUAUUGUGGAUGGUUCAUUUAAGAAGCAAUAUAGAAGAAUCCAUGAUUAUGGCCAUGAACUGUUAAGCGCAAAUCCAGGAUCAACUAUUAAAAUUACAAGUCAUCCAUUUCAAGGAGAAGGGGGAAAUAGUGAACACCCUGGGAGGUGUUUCUUAAAGGGAUAUUAUGGUGGAAAAAUACUAGCUUCCAUUGGGAGGGAUCCAAAUGACCAAAUGCUUCCAAUUGUAUAUGCAGUUGUUGAGGGUGAGACUAAGGAUUCAUGGAGUUGGCAUUUAAAUAGAAAUUUCAGGAAGAAGUUCUCUGGCCUAAAACUGGAGGAAUUGAUGUGGAUGGCUGCAACUGCAAGUCAUGUGAAUGCUUGGGAGAAAAUAAUGCUUGAAAUCAAGGGAGUCAAUGAAGAGGCAUUCAAACAUCUCAUCAAAAUUCCACCAAGAUUCUGGAGCAAAUCAAGGUUCAGGACAAAUACUAGUUGUGAUACUUUGGUGAAUAAUAUGUCUGAGGCAUUCAAUUAUGUCUUUGUAGCUGCUAGAGCCAAGCUAAUUGUGACAAUGCUUGAAGAAAUUAUAGUGCGUGCAGGUGAAUAUGACUACGAGGAUCUCUAUGAAGCUUUCUAUUCACCAGUUAUUUAUCCAAUUAACGGGGAAGCUUUGUGGACUAAAUCUGAUGUUGUUGAUCUCCAUCCACCACCAAUAAAGAGACAACUUGGAAGGCCCAAGAAAAAAAGAAAUAGAGAAGCUGGAGAAAUGGUGAGGGAUGAGACACACUUGAAAAGGGCAAACCAUGGAAUAUAG